AUGAACUAGGGGUAUCUGCUCAUACAGGUGGUUGAAACAACCACGAAAGCCACCAUGAAUAAGGCGGCUGGAGGUGACGAGCUCGCAGAACUCUUCAGUCUGAUCCCAGGCCUCCUGGAGGCGGCCAACACGAGUGGCAACGCCUCGCUGCAGCUUCAGGAUUUGUGGGAGCUGGGGCUGGAGUUGCCGGACGGAGCGGCGCCAGGGUAUCCACCCAGCAGCAGUGGGGCAGAGAGCUCGGAUGCAGAGGCCCGGGUGCGGAUCCUCAUCAGUGCGGUGUAUUGGGUGGUUUGCGCACUGGGGCUGGCAGGCAACCUCCUUGUGCUCUACCUGAUGAAGAGCAAACAGGGCUGGCGCAAAUCCUCCAUCAACCUCUUCGUUACCAACCUGGCGCUGACGGACUUUCAAUUCGUGCUCACUCUGCCUUUCUGGGCGGUGGAGAACGCCCUGGACUUCAAGUGGCCCUUCGGUAAGGCCAUGUGUAAGAUCGUGUCAAUUGUCACCUCUAUGAACAUGUAUGCCAGCGUCUUCUUCCUCACUGCCAUGAGUGUGGCGCGCUACCAUUCUGUGGCAUCAUCCCUUAAGAGCCACCGGACCCGAGGGCACGGCCAUGGCAACUGUUGUGGCCAGAGCCUGGGGGACAGCUGCUGCUUCUCAGCCAAAGCUCUGUGUGUGUUGAUCUGGGCUUCGGCUGCUCUGGCCUCGCUGCCCAAUGCCAUUUUCUCCACCACCAUCAAGGUGAUGGGUGAGGAGCUGUGCCUGGUGCGCUUCCCUGACAAGUUGCUGGGUGGCGACAGGCAGUUCUGGCUUGGCCUGUACCAUUUGCAGAAAGUGCUGCUAGGCUUUGUGCUGCCCCUAGGCAUCAUCAGCCUGUGCUACCUGCUGCUGGUGCGCUUCAUCUCAGACCGCUGCGUAGUGGGGACCGAAGUAGGGACAGCAGCUGCUGGGGGAAGCCUGUCUGGAGCURGCGCUAGGAGACGGUCCAAGGUCACCAAAUCAGUGACCAUCGUGGUCUUAUCUUUCUUUCUGUGUUGGCUGCCUAACCAGGCKCUCACCACAUGGAGUAUCCUCAUCAAGUUCAACGCGGUACCCUUCAGCCAGGAGUAUUUCUUGUGCCAGGUGUACGCGUUCCCGGUGAGCGUGUGUCUGGCGCAUUCCAACAGCUGCCUCAACCCAAUACUCUACUGCCUAGUGCGCCGCGAGUUCCGCAAGGCGCUCAAGAACCUGCUGUGGCGUAUCACGUCGCCUUCGCUCACCAGCAUGCGCCCUUUCACAGCUACCACUAAGCCAGAGCCAGAGGAUCACCGGCUGCAGGCCCUGGCGCCACUCCACGCAGCUGCUGAACCUGACGUGCUCUAUUAUCCGCCUGGUGUAGUGGUCUACAGUGGGGGACGCUAUGACCUGCUGCCCAGCAGCUCAGCCUACUGA